AUGUGUUACAAAAAUAUUCUCCCUCUUGUUAUUCCUCCCGAGAGCUUCCACGAAAACAUUCCGGUGACAGAAGUGACGGUGGUGACGACGGAGGUGGAAGCCACCGCCGAUGGUGGUGGUGGAAAGAAGAAGUGUGUGUGUUCACCAUCGAAGCAUCCAAGAUCGUUUAAGUGUAGGUAUCAUCAACAUGAAUAUCAAUGGCUUCCUUCUUCUUCUUCAUCAUCCCUCCACAAAUAA